CGCCAAUCACUACUCAGUAGCCAACUCUAAAGAAGUGCAGCGCAGCACUAGCUAGCUUUGAUCAUAUUUGAUUUUAGUGCUUCUUGAUUCGCAAAAAAUGGCAGAGGAACAUACCAACAAGGCCCCUGAGGUCGAGAGCAGCGUCGCCGGUGAAGAAACAGUUGAGUCCAAGGACCGAGGGUUGUUCGAUUUCAUGGGGAAGAAAGAAAAGGAGAAGCCCCAAGAGGAGGUGAUCGUGACUGAGUUUGACAAGGUUAAGAUUGAAGAAACGAAGGCAGAGGAAGAGGGAGAGGAGAAGAAGAAGCAUGGUCUCCUGGAGAAGCUUCACCGAGCAGAUAGCAGCUCCAGUUCUUCGAGCGACGAAGAAGAAGGUGAAGGAGGAGAGAAGAGGAAGAAGAAAAAGAAGAAGGAGAAGAUCGAAGAGGAAAACAAAGAAGAGGACACAGUAGUCCCGGUCGAAAAGUAUGAUGAACCAGUGGUUCAGCCAGACACGCCUGAAAAGAAAGGGCUCCUUGAGAAGAUCAAAGAGAAGCUCCCUGGACAACAUAAGAAAGCUGAAGAGGUGAGUAGCCCACCUCCAGCAGCAGCUGAGCCUCAUCAUGAAGGCGACGCAAAGGAAAAGAAGGGAAUUUUGGAGAAAAUCAAGGAAAAGCUUCCUGGUUACCACCCCAACGCUGAUGAAGAAGAAUGGUGAUGAACUUGUGUGUUUCUUAAAUUGCUGUAUGUAUUUGUAUAUUUCAUAUAAGUUUCCCAUGCUUUUAGUACAAUUCAUAUGUAAGAAAGGACAUGUUUCUCUACCUUUCUUUUUGUGAUUUGAGCAGUACUUGCUUUAUCGUUAUCAUUUCGAGUCCCACCUGUUUUCUUUACUCUGUUCUAAAUAAAUUAUGAUCAUUAUUGGAUA